AUGGCCCAGAAAGCCACCAAGACGCUCGCCGCGGCCAACACGGCACGCCUCAACCAGACCCUGUACAUCACCAUCUUCGUCCACAUCCUCUUCUGGUUCCUGCGCGCCGCCCUCUUCCGCUCGUCCUUUACUCGCCGCUCCCUGCUUCUCUAUCUCGCCCUCUCUGCCCCGCAGCUAUUCAUCCAAUUCUACUUUGAACGCCUCUCUCGCCCCACGCUCACGCCGGAUGGAGCCAUCAAGCGUCCAGGAGAGGAUCUGGAUGCCAAGGGGCUGACAGAGUACAUGUGGGACGUUGUCUACUGGACCUAUGGGUGCAUUGUACUCGCCGCCUUACUGGGCGACUGGGCCUGGAUGUUUUGGGUUGCAGUGCCCAUGUACUCUGCCUAUGCGGCAUGGGGGUUCUACACGGGCAUGCGAGGAGGAUACACGGAUGCAGCGGGGGUACCGCAGCCGGAGGUGGCGAGCAAAAGACAGGCGAAGAUGGAGAAGAGAGGAGGCCAGAAGAUGCAGUAUCGGUGA